AUGGAAGAUAGGCUGUGGGGCCUUCUUGAAGAGAAGGGCUGCAGUGCUGUGGGUUUGCUUCGCAUGCAUUUUCAGACUCCUUGGCACCUGGCAUGCGCAGUGGAUAGUGUUGAAGACGCGGUGCGAUUGGCAGAGCAGAUCACUCCGGGUUCGAUUCCUUCGGACCACAAACGGUUGGGAUCUCAGAUCUGGGAGUGGAUGACUGCUCACACAGGUCUUUUCAAGCGGGUGCAAAGCAGGCUUACUGCGAAGGCCACACGAAUUGAAGCGACCCCUGGAAGUUCGGUGUCUCCUUGUGAUAUCUUUGAUCAGUGCGUGAGCAAUAGUCUUGAUCUUUGCAAGCAGACCAGUCGUGCACAUGCUAGAUGGAUUUCGAAUGGCGCCGGGACCCCGGCGGAUGCAGAAAAAUCUUCUAAGAAGUUUUGGGGAACUGUCCUGGUUCAGAUCAUGGUGGAGGCAAAGCUUCCUAUCGUUGACAUUCCGGUUGAGAAUGAGGAGCAGCGUGUUUCUUAUGCUCUCCGAGCUCUGGGGGCUCGGAGGUCCAAGACACUCAGGAAUCGUGCGAGGACCUGGCGCAAGGCUCGUGACUGGAUGCUUUCAGUUAAAGGUUACCCUUUCCCGAAGAGCCCUUCUGACGUUGUAGAUUACCUCAUCUUCUUGGAGCAGGAGGUGGGUACAAAGAGCUGCAUUUCUGAGCUUAUGAGCGCGUUGUCUGUCAUUGAGGAUGCUGGUUCCUUUGACAAAUCAGCUGUGCAAGAACCGAUUGGUCGUCGCGGCCUCAAAGAGCACCGGGGCUGA